CUUAUCUGUUGCCCGCUAGCCAAACUCGUAGGUUUUGCUUUGCUUUGUUUUACAACCUUGGCUCUCUUCAAUCUUCAUCCUUUAUUCAGUAAACGGAAGCCAUGGAGCCACCAUCGAUCGCUUCCACCCUCCCUCCCGAAAUAUUACACCUCAUCUUUUCCGCCGCCGCCGAACCCACCAACCACCGUCAACAGCAGCACACAUAUGCCGUAUGCACUCUAGUCAACCGCCGAUGGUAUCGCCCAGCCCAGCGUGCACUAUGGCGAAAUCCAUACCUACCAUCCAAAGCCAAAGCACUAAAGUUCCUAGAGCGACAUCUCAACCAAUCGUGCAAAGAGUCUUCCCCACAUUGUCUCGUCAGGUGUUUUGAUCUGACUGCGCUGAGAUUCAGUGAACCGGAGGAUACCGACUUGUUAAAGCGGUUUGCGAAUGGCACGCCAUUGUUAGAGUCGCUCAAGAUUUUUUGUGACCCGUUGGAUCCACGGACGCUUCAACAUGUUUUAACGGUUUGUCCUAAACUGGUUGAUCUGACAUUGACUGGAAGUGUUGGGGGUAUGCAAUCACGGUUCUUUUAUGAAUUGCCACCGGUGCGGAGUAUGGAACUGCAUACGCUUUCAAGUCGGUUGAUGCGAUUACGAUCACUACAUUGGGGCAGCGUUGACUGCACGAGAGGCGAUGGGCAAAAUUUUGCAAAGUUGUUGGCGACUAGUGUGGGUCCUAGUCUACGCGAGUUUUCUGUAGGAAUGGUGACACCACCUACGGGACAGAUUCCAGUAGAAGACGCCAUUCUAGCUCUCAUUGCACAUAAUUGUCCAGCGUUGGAAGUUGUUUCUGUUCAAGGAAAACCCGUUACGGAUCGUUGUCUAGAGUCUUUGGCGAGGUAUUGUCCGCGGUUAACGGCUAUUGACCUUCAAAACUGCUCUGGGAUCACACGGGACGGCGUCAUCAUGCUUGUUCGAGCGUGCCCUCAGUUAUCGGAUAUUCGAAUCAAGGGAACGCUGGCGAAUGAUAGUGUUGUGAGGAAUGUCAUUGCUAUGGCUGCUAUGCUACGCAGAACAGUUCGUCGUAGGGCUGGAAGGAUAUUUGCGCCGUGAUAUACCUGGCUGUUGGACUUUAUCAUUGGACUUGGAUACGAAGGAGUUUCUCUAUUUUUUUGUUUAUUUUUGAUGAAUUCUUUUGGUAGCUUGUGGUUUCUUUAUCUUUGGAAGGCGCUUGGUCUUGUAUACCCGCCACCUGAAAU